UAUCCGGAUCCCACCAUUUUCUUAAGCCUCCUAAGCUUCGUUCGUAAUCCCCAAUUCUAAACCCUAGCUAGCACCAUAAUUUCACCAGAGAUCAAAAGAUGGCUAUUGCACGAACUGGAGUUUACGUUGAUGAUUACCUUGAGUAUAAGAUCCACAAUUUCAUGCCAGCACUUUCCCUGCAGAGCUUCAAAGACUUCUUAAUACAGUUCGUGAACUAGACGAGAGAUCUCAAUCGCUUAUAAAUCAGACAAGGCAGCAAACCAAGUAUUGCUUAGGGCUUGCCUCACAGAGUUCUAAGAAGGGUAAUAAUGGCAGUCAUUACAAUAAUGGGCUUGAUGAAGAGGAAACAAUUGAGAAAAUGCGUAAAGAGAUUGAGUCUAGUCAGGAAAAUGCGUUAAGUUUGUGUACCGAGAAGGUCUUAUUGGCCCGACAGGCUUAUGAUCUUAUAGACAGUCAUGUAAAACGACUUGAUGAAGAUCUGAAUAACUUUGCAGAAGAUUUAAAGCAAGAGGGAAAAAUUCCACAGGACGAGCCCUCUGUUCUUCCGCCGCUACCUAUAGUUCCUAAACAGGAAAAGCGUAAGUCAUUCUAUAGCACACCUCAGUCCAAGAAGAUUGAUUACAGAGAUAGAGAGUGGGAUCGUGACAGGGAUUUUGAGCUCAUGCCUCCUCUAGGAAGCAAUCGGAAAGACCUCACCCCUAUUGACGAGCAGCCAAUUGAUCCUAACGAACCAACAUACUGUGUUUGCCAUCAGGUGUCUUUUGGAGACAUGAUUGCCUGUGACAAUGAGAAUUGCCAGGGAGGUGAAUGGUUUCACUAUACAUGUGUUGGCCUCACACCUGAGACCAGGUUCAAAGGGAAAUGGUAUUGCCCCACCUGCAGACUCCUACCACAGUCGCAUUAAUAUCAUUUGUGCCUGUUAAAAAGGUAUUGCUUCAAUCAUCAGAACAAAGGUCUCCUUCAGCAAUUUCCAUGCAUGCGUAGCUAAUAUAAGACAUACAUAUGUAUGGAGAUUUGCAAGAAGUUACGAGAUUAAUUCUCAUACGUGCCAAUGGUAUCAUCUUUGGCACCUUCGUUCAUGACCAAUCUCAUCUUUGUUGCUACUAAAACAUGUAGUAAAUGCAAGUAGAAGUAAACUUCUAGAAUGACAAAACAUCAUGUUUUUUUGUACACCUCGGGUUAAUUCUUGGAGCUUAUAUUUUUCUUGUA